AUGACAAAACUGUUCACAUAUGAAAAAGGCUAAAAUCUAGACCGUUGAAGCCACAAUCCAAUAGACGGUUGAGAUCAACUAAAAGUCAAAUUCGUUGACUUGAAAAUAAGUAAAAAAGGCUUCCUAUCACUCACGUCGUUGCCGGAGCACAAAAAUUCAACAGAUACAAAUAUACAUUGAUUAAUAUGCAAACCAGAGAGAUUGAAAAUUUCAUAAGAAGAGGUAAUGGCGGCGAUCCUUAUUUUCAUGUUAAUUCUUUCAAUACCCAUUUUUUUAGCUUCUGAAGCUUCUGAAGAUCUCAGCUUCACCUUCAAUGGCUUCCGCUCCGGCGAUCUCAGCCUCGACGGCGUCGCCGAAAUAACCUCCAAUGGCGUUUUGAAGCUAACCAACGACAUCGACCAACAAAUUGGCCAUGCUUUUUACCCCAAUUCCAUUUCCUUUAAGAACCAAUCAACGAAUUCCUCUGUUUUCUCCUUCUCUGCAACGUUCGUCUUCGCCAUAAAAUCUGAAUAUCAUGAUCUCGCCGGCCAUGGAAUUGCCUUCGUUGUUUCACCGUCGAGAGGUCUUCCCGGAGCUCGGCCGAGCGAGAGCCUCGGUUUGUUCAAUGAGUCCAACAAUGGGAACGAAACAAAUCAUAUCUUCGCCAUUGAACUUGACACGAUACAGAAUCUAGACCUUAAAGAUAUCAACAGAAACCAUGUCGGAAUCAACAUUAACGGACUUGUGUCGGAACGGGCGGCGCCGGCUGGGUAUUGGGUCGACGGUGAAUUUAAGAAUUUGACGUUAAUUAGUGGCGAAUUGAUGCAAGUUUGGGUUGAAUACGAUGGGAUUGAUAAACGAAUUGAUGUUACUAUGGCUCCAAUUGAGAUAAUCCAUAAACCCAAAACUCCCCUUUUGUCUUUCCGGCGGGAUUUGUCGUCAGUCAUCAACGAAAUCAUGUUCGUCGGAUUCUCCUCGUCGACAGGUUCCAUUACGACGGCGCAUUACGUUCUGGGUUGGAGCUUCAAAAUCAAUGGCGAAGUCCCUCGGCUUGCUCUGUCUCAACUACCGGAGCUUCCACCUCGGUCGGAGAAAAAACAGAGAUCCAAAUUUCUGACGGUGGGGUUGCCGUUGAUUUGCAGUUCAGUAGUUUUAACGGCGGUUUUAGGUGCAGUUUUCUUGAUUCAUCGGCGGCGGAAAUUCGCAGAGGUUUUAGAGGAUUGGGAGCUGGAAUAUGGACCCCAAAGAUUCAAAUACAAGGAUCUAUACAUAGCCACAAAGGGAUUCAGAGAAAAAGAAUUUCUGGGUUUUGGAGGAUUCGGUCGAGUUUACAAAGGGGUUUUACCAAAUUCAAAAAUUGAAGUCGCUGUAAAGAAGAUAUCUCAUGAAUCAAGACAGGGGAUGAAGGAAUUCGUGGCGGAGAUAGUGAGUGUAGGGCGGCUCCGACACCGGAACCUGGUGGCGUUGCUGGGGUACUGCCGGCGGAGAGAAAAGCUGUUUUUAGUGUAUGAAUACAUGCCGAAUGGAAGCUUGGACACAUAUUUACACGACUGGCCGGAAGUCACAAUCAAUUGGGAGCAGAGGUUUGAGAUAAUAAAAGGGGUGGCGUCGGGGCUGUUUUAUCUUCAUGAACAGUGCGAACAGGUAGUGAUUCAUAGAGAUGUGAAGGCUAGCAAUGUGCUGCUUGAUGCAGAAUUCAAUGGCAGAUUGGGGGACUUUGGUUUGGCUAAAAUGCACGACCGUGGCGCCGAUCCUCGAACCACCCAUGUCGUUGGGACUCUUGGGUAUCUAGCGCCAGAGCACAUAAGAACAGGGAGAGCCACAACAAGAACAGACGUGUACGCAUUUGGAGCGUUUCUUCUGGAAGUGGGCUGCGGGAGAAGGCCAAUCCACCAGCAAGAUGAAGCGGAUGAUUUCAUAUUAAUGGAUUGGGUUUUCUCCUGUUGGUCUAACGGCGACAUUCUCAGAACCGCCGACCCAAAACUGGGAGGAAAUUUCGACCCUUCACAGCUCGAAUUGGUUCUCAAACUUGGGUUGCUCUGUUCUCAUUCCUCGCCGGCGGUUCGCCCCACCAUGCGCCAGGUUUUGCAGUAUUUGGAGGCUGAUGCGCCGCUGCCGGAGCUCGCAACGCUCCGGUGGCGGCUCUCUGGUAAUGUGUUCUUGAAUUUGAGGCGGCGUAAUGGGGGUAGUAUCGGCGAUGGAUUGGAUGAUUUUUCGAUGUCUUAUCCGGUGUCGACGGAGAGGAAUGUGACGAGUUCGUCGUCGGUGGCGGAGUCUGUUCUUUCGGAAGGCCGAUGAUUUUGGAUGAUUAAGAUUGGUUAGCUUAUGAGACAUGAAAUAAUUACGACAUUUAA